AUGCCUGGGGUCCCGUCAAACAAGGCGUGCGAUCGAUGUAAGAAACGUCACGUCAAGUGUGAUGAGGGGCGCCCUGAGUGUCAGCGAUGUGUUACCGCAGGCGUAAAAUGCCCAGGCUAUUCUCAAGAUCGCAAAUUUAUUGAUCAGGGUGCUACUGUGCGCCGAAGAUAUGCUCCUUAUCAAAGGGAGGAUUCUCGGAGCCAGUCAUCGCAGCGUUCAGUACGAGCAGGCACUGAUGAAGAAAGCCGCAGUGUUCAGCCUGACAGGUCCCAGCAAGAAGUAGAUCAGAGAGAGGUACCGGGUCAAAACCCAGUACUUCGUAGCUCCAGAUCCUCUACAACUGAUGAUCAAGUCAAUCCUUCUGCCUCGGGGAACCCUGACGGCGUGUCCGGGAAUACUAUGGCUCUCGAUCAGGAGCCUACCAUAGCCACUACGGCUCCAUAUACAAACAUUGCUCUUCCAGCAAACUUUCUCGAUAGCACUCAACAGCCUCUUUCAGAAAUUCCGAACACCGAAACUCUAGCUUAUACCACCAACUUUAAUCUACUUAAUCCGCUGCAAUCUCCGAUGUUUUUUAGCAAUGGUUCCGCAACAUCGGGAAAUUUGAACUCCGCAACGACUUCCAACUACGCGUACACCAUGCCGGACAUGCGGAACGUCAAUGCAUUCGGAGAUCUCUACUCAGAGCUUAUGAUCAACAGUGACCGUGAGAUAGCGUUUCUCAAGAGACACUACGUCGAAUUUAUAUCCCCAUGGCUUGAUUUGCAUGACUCGGAGAAGUUCUUCAUGUUCAACAUUCCUAAGAGGUCCCUUCAGGUUCCAUUCAUACAAUACGCUAUAUUAGCGAUAGCUGCAAAGCACCUUGCUCGCGUUAACGGUGUCAGGCCUGGUCUCACAUCAACAUUGAACCUAGCAACCACGGAAUCAUACCCUAAUGCUGGGCAAGUCGAUUGGCUCUUCAAAGCCACCAACUACUACUACCAAGCACUAUUCCAUUUGAAGCAACUACUCUUUGGUCAUGCAGAUUUUCAGCAACUAGAUACCACAAUUUCGCCAAUUCAGAUUCUAUGCCAGGACUUGGAAAUUGACCUAAUGUCCGAAGGAUCUAGACGGGUCAUCCUUCCCCCGAGCUUCAUCUCCUACAUCGAUGACAUUUUACCCGGUGUGGUGAUAUUGACAGUAUUUGAUAUUCUUGACAAACCUGGCACGGAAUGGGAAAAACGAUUACUCGGCUUAAGGCAUCUCAUGCAGGCUAUGCUUACGCUACCUAUUUCUCCCAACCGGAACUUUACCAUGUCGCGUGCGCUUCAGGUGUCCUUCUGGAAUCUUGCAUAUUUGGAUAGUUUUGCGUCGUAUGCUAACCGUCGGCGCACCCGCAUGGAUGCUUACAAUUUUGACCUCUUCCGUGCUGCUGGCCUUUCCAUCGAUGAUUGUGGUAAAUUAUAUCCAAAGACACCCUCACCACCGACAUCCAUUCAGCGUGACGAUUUUUUCUUACGCGGGAUAACGUUUAUUGUUCUCAAACUUAUGAAUUUCAUCGCCGAGUUUAAAGAGAUUCAACAGUCAGCCACCGCCACGUCUUCACCAGUCCCGGAUUUUUUAUCAAAUAUCUCGGUACCACAGACAAGUGGUCUUGGAGUCACCUGGAAUCAGUUGGUGCAGGAAGUCAAUAACUGGCAUGAUUCUUUGCCUGACACAUUCGAACCAUAUAUCCGUCUGGAAAACCCACACGAUCUCGUCUCCCCUACUUCUUCCUCGAUAUCUUUACCGUUUCCGGAAAUAGUAUUUAGCAAUGCGACACACGCGGCUACAGUUGCACUUUUUGACUUUGCACGCAUCAUCCUCCUUCUCAACCGACCUCAUGAAAGUCAAAGCGUAGCUCGCGAUAGACUAGUCGAAUACAGAGAGAUAACAAAAGAGGUCGAUACGCGUGUCCGUGAAAUCGCUGGAAUUGCGAUGGGCAGAACUUCAACUGCUGUUCAGAUUCAUCUGGUUCAGCCACUCUAUGUGGUUGGGUUGUGUGACGAUCGAACUGAAGCCCGUCAGAAAGUUGUCGAGUUGAUGCGUGUUAUUCGGGCAGAGUCGGGUUGGGAGACCGACUAUAAAAUUGCUCAGUUGCAUGAGCUUUGGAAGAAGACUUAA